CUACCGUAUGGGUUCGGGAGUGUCCGACCAACAAAUGGAAACCGCUUGGCGCGAAAUUGGCAACCAUUUUGCAAGUUUACGUUCUUGGGAGAGCGCAAAGGAAUACUAUGAAAAAUCACAUCACUUAGACGGCUUAAUGGAUGCGCUUUACCAUCUUGAGAGAUUUGAUGAGUUGGAACAAUGCAUUGAUAAAUUGCCUGAAAAAAGUCCAUUAUUAGCAAAAAUAGCCGAAAUGUUGGCUUCAGUUGGAAUGUGUACAGAGGCAGUCAAGGCGUACUUAAAAAUGGGCGAUCCUAAAUCUGCAGUAAAUGCUUGCGUUAAUCUGCGACAAUGGGGAGAGGCGGUGCAGCUUGCUCGUAAAUUUGAUAUGCCACAAAUUGGAGAUUUGUUAAGCAAGCAUGCGGCACAGCUCAUCAAAGAAGAUCGUCUACCAGAAGCAAUUGAACUACAAAAGAAAGCUGGAUUUUAUUUGGAAGCCGCGCGUUUGCUGGGUAAACUGGCACAACGGGAAGCCGAAAAGGAUUCCAGCAUGCUACGCAUUAAAAAGCUCUAUAUUUUAGCUUCAUUAUUAUCCGAGGAACAUCUGAAAUCAUUGAGUACAGUAGAAUUGAGUUACAAAGUGGAUAGAAAUUCGAUAUUGGAUACGAUGAGUCCAGAAGACGCACACGUCGUUGAACAUAUGUGGCAUGCAGCGGAAGCUUAUCAUUUUAUGAUGUUGGCACAGCGUCAGUUACGAUUUGGUAUUACACGCAAUGCUGUCGCUACUGCAUUGCGCUUGUGCGAUUACGAUGAUAUUUUGCCAGCAGAAGAUGUAUAUAAUAUACUCGCGCUUUCCUGUUGUGCAGAUCGAUCAUUUGGUACAUGCGUCAAGGCUUUUACAAAGCUAGAAGGAAGUUUGGAGAGUAUACCGGAGUGUAGAGUUCAGGAAUAUAAAAGGCUCGCUGAAAGUAUUUUUUCAAAGUAUACCUCUGAAGAUACCAAAAGAGAAAUGGUUAAAUGUUACGCAUGCAACUCGCCGUUACUCGAAAGUCUGCCAGCCUGUAGCAUUUGUGGUGCUCGCUUUCCAGCAUGUGUAUCAUCAGGCAAACCCAUCACUCAACCCACCAGUAAUAUUUGGAUUUGUGGCAUUUGUCAUCAUUGUGCCACCCCAGUUGAAAUCUCACGACAUCAUACCUGCCCUCUUUGUCACAGUUUGAUAAUUUCAAUGACGGUUGAAAUUUAAUUUAAAGUUCAAAGCAUUAUUUCACUUAAAUUAUUUAAAUAAAGCGCAUUUAUAUUACUAA